UGUCCCACUUGGGUUUGCGCGUUGGAACCGCGGCGUGAGCGCCCCGGGAAGAUGGAGCAGCCGCCGCCCGCGCCGCCGCCGUUGGCCGGGGCUCCCCCUUUCUUGCGGGGCCAGCGGCAGCUCCUGUCCCCGGUGCGGGCUCUCCCGGCGCGAGAGGCCACGGGGUCGCGCGCGAGGACCCCCCCGAGCUUGUAGACGCCCCCGAGAUAGUGCGAUGAUUUUCAAAAUGAAGACUCUGGAAAAUUUCAGGUUCUCCUUAGGAACUAUGAAAAUUGAAGGAAAGAAGAUUUUCAAAAGGAAAUUGUUUUGAAAGUAUGUUUACAACUGAUACUGUUGACUUUUUUUUUUUAAAUAUUAAUAUAAUUCUUAAAGAAGAUUAUAUUUAUGGUAAAAAGAAACGGGACUAACAAUGAGGCCAAAGACUUUUCCUGCCACGACGUAUUCUGGAAAUAGCAGGCAGCGGUUGCAGGAGAUUCGCGAAGGGUUGAAGCAGCCGUCCAAGUCUUCGGCGCAGGGGUUACCGGUGGGACCAAACAGUGAUGCUUCCCUGGACACCAAAGUCUUAGGGGGCAAGGAUGCCACCAGGCAGCAGCAGCUGAGAGCCACCCCAAAGUUCGGACCUUAUCAGAAAGCUUUGCGGGAAAUCAGAUAUUCUCUGUUGCCUUUUGCUAAUGAGUCGGGCACUUCUGCAGCUGCGGAAGUAAACCGACAGAUGCUUCAGGAACUGGUGAAUGCAGGAUGUGACCAGGAGAUGGCUGUCCGUGCCCUCAAGCAGACGGGCAGCAGAAGUAUUGAGGCUGCACUGGAGUACAUCAGCAAGAUGGGCUACCUGGACCCGAGGAACGAGCAGAUCGUGCGGGUCAUUAAGCAGACCUCCCCAGGGAAGGGCAUCGUGCCGGCCAGCGUGACUCGGAGGCCAAGUUUCGAAGGGACAGGUGAUUCUUUCCCCUCCUAUCACCAGCUGAGCGGAGCAGCCUACGAGGGCCCCAGCUUCGGUGUGGAGGGCCCAGGCGUGCUGGAGGAGAUGCCCCGCCAGUACAUGGACUACCUGUUCUCCGGGCAUCAGCCCCCUGCCCUGGCCCCAGCUGGACAGCGGCCUCCUGGGGUUGGCCCUCACGCCGUGCCUGGCGGCCACCAGCACCAGCCCAAAGGGUAUGCUACAGGCAUGGAGGCUGCCGUGAUGGGCUACCCCGUGGCCAGUCACGGGAGCCAAGCCCUCCAGCUCCCAGGCCCCCACAGCUCCAGUGGCCCCCACUACGGCCGGCCACAUCUGCUGGUGCCUGGGGAGCCGAUGGGCUACGGCAUCCAGCGCAGCCCGUCCUUCCAGAGCAAGCUGCAGCAGGAGGCGGGCGGAUAUGCCGACCUCCCCGGCAAGGGCCCGGCCGGCCAGCCGACCUCCAGCCACACGUUCCAGCCGGCGGGCCCGGCAGGGGCCCUGUACGUGCCGCAUCCCCACCAUAAACAGGGCAGCCCUGCCUCCCACCAGAUGCACGGGCUGGGCUCUCGGGGGCAGGCGUUCGCCAGCGACAGCCCCCCGCAGAGCCUCCUCACCCCGUCCAGAAACAGCCUGAACCUGGACCUGUAUGACGUGAGUGGCUCCCCCGUGCAGCCCUGGCAGUCCUCCACACUCUCCCGCCGGGACUCGCUGCAAAAGCCCGGCCUGGACGCGUCCCCCCGCCAGCCUGUGUCUUUCCGGCCCGAGGGUCCCGUCCCCAGCAGGACCAACUCCUUCAACAGCCACCAGCAGCCUGCGGCUGUGCCCUUGAGGCCAGGAGCCCCCAGCAAAACGGAGCCCUCCAUGCCCUCCCCCAACACCAUCACUGCCGUCACCUCGGCUCACAUCCUGCAUCCCGUCAAGAGUGUCAGGGUGAUGAGGCCCGAGCCCCAGACAGCCGUGGGACCCUCCCACCCGGCCUGGAUGCCAGCUCCCAGCCCCGGGGCGGAAGGUCUGGACUCCAAGGAUGAGCACCCUCUGCCCCUGGGGGGCCCCAGUGCGUACCCGCUGGACGUGGAGAUGAGGUGCCCGCCCCCGCCCUACCCCAAGCAUUUGCUGCUCCAGAGUAAGUCGGAGCAGUACGACAUGGCCAGGCUGUGCGUUGGCGUGGAGCAGGGUCUCCGCGGGGGCCCCGCCGAACCCGCCGAGAGGGGCGACAAGGGCGACAAGGCCGCCAAGGGGGAGAAGGCCGGGAAGGAUAAGAAGCAAAUCCAGACCUCCCCUGUCCCUGUGCGGAGAAACAGCAGAGACGAAGAGAAGAGAGAAUCGCGCAUCAAGAGCUACUCGCCGUAUGCGUUCAAGUUCUUCAUGGAGCAGCACGUGGAAAACGUCAUCAAAACCUACCAGCAGAAGGUCAACCGGAGGCUGCAGCUGGAGCAAGAAAUGGCGAAAGCUGGACUCUGUGAAGCUGAACAGGAACAGAUGAGGAAGAUCCUCUAUCAGAAGGAGUCCAAUUACAACAGGCUGAAGAGAGCCAAAAUGGAUAAGUCUAUGUUUGUGAAAAUCAAGACCCUGGGGAUCGGUGCCUUUGGAGAAGUCUGCCUCGCCUGCAAGGUCGACACUCACGCUCUGUAUGCUAUGAAGACCCUGAGGAAGAAGGACGUGCUCAACAGGAACCAGGUGGCCCAUGUCAAGGCCGAGAGGGAUAUCUUGGCCGAGGCGGACAACGAGUGGGUGGUUAAACUCUACUACUCCUUCCAAGACAAAGACAGCUUGUACUUCGUGAUGGACUACAUCCCGGGGGGCGACAUGAUGAGCCUGCUGAUCCGCAUGGAGCUCUUCCCUGAGCACCUGGCCCGCUUCUACAUUGCAGAGCUGACACUAGCCAUCGAGAGCGUCCACAAGAUGGGCUUCAUCCACCGGGACAUCAAGCCGGACAACAUUUUGAUAGAUCUCGAUGGUCACAUCAAGCUGACAGAUUUUGGCCUUUGCACUGGCUUCAGGUGGACUCACAAUUCCAAGUACUACCAGAAAGGGAACCACAUGCGAGAGGACAGCAUGGAGCCCAGCGACCUCUGGGAUGACGCGUCUAACUGCCGGUGUGGGGACAGGCUGAAGACCCUGGAGCAGAGAGCGAGAAAGCAGCACCAGAGGUGUCUGGCACAUUCCCUGGUUGGGACUCCAAAUUACAUUGCACCUGAAGUGCUCCUUCGCAAAGGAUACACUCAGCUGUGUGACUGGUGGAGCGUUGGAGUGAUUCUCUUCGAGAUGCUGGUGGGGCAGCCGCCCUUUCUGGCACCGACUCCCACAGAAACCCAGCUGAAGGUGAUCAACUGGGAGAACACACUCCACAUCCCAGCCCAGGCCAAGCUGAGCUCCGAGGCCAGGGACCUCAUCACCAAGCUGUGCUGUGCAGCCGACGACCGGCUGGGGCGAAACGGGGCAGACGACCUCAAGGCCCACUCGUUCUUCAGCGCCAUUGACUUCUCCAGUGACAUCCGGAAGCAGCCAGCCCCCUACGUUCCCAAGAUCAGCCACCCUAUGGACACCUCAAAUUUUGACCCCGUCGAUGAAGAAAGCCCUUGGAACAAUGCUAGUGAAGACAGCACGAAGGCUUGGGACACGCUCACCUCCUCAAAUAACAAACACCCCGAGCACGCCUUUUAUGAAUUUACUUUCCGAAGGUUCUUUGAUGACAAUGGCUAUCCCUUUAGGUGCCCAAAACCUUCAGGAACAGAAGUUUCACAGUCUGAGGACGCAGAUUUAGAAACCCCAGGUCUGGGGGAUCAGACUGAAGGCUGCCAACCGGUGUAUGUGUAGACAGCGAUCUCGGAGUCCCCCGAAACUCUUGUCUCCCCAGAGGUGCAGAUGCCUGUAGCUGAUCACUUAACAGCCCGAUGGGAAAGCUGACAUCAGCUUUGUUGUAAAUCAGCCCAUUGAUUAGUCCACUUGAAAUUCUCGUCUGCACCAAAAAAUAAAAUAAAAUAAAUAAAAUUUUUAAAACGUAAAAACAAAGAAACGAAAAACUUCUUUUAAAAAAAGACUCAAGUCUAGCAGAUCUUCAUUUCUAGAUUCUGGUCAAUGGGAGGGUGGGGAUUCAACAUUGCCUUUGAAUUGAUUUUUGAGGCCCUUCACCACGUUAAAACAAUAUUUUUUAAAAUUUAUUACCAUUUAGAUAGAGCACUUAUUUUUGUUUAUAUCCAUUUUUUCUUACUAAAUUAUAGGGAUUAACUUUGACAAAUCAUGCUGCUGUUAUUUUCUACAUUUGUAUGUUAUCCAUAGCACUUAUUCACAUUUAGGAAAAGACAUCAAAACUGACGAACAUGUGAUAAAUCUCUGUGCAAUAAUGUAAAAAAAAAAAAAGAUAACACUCUGCUCUGAUGUUAAUGAUAUUCACACAAUGGUUUUCGUUUUAUAUAUUUUUUCCCACAUUUCAAAUUUGUGAUAUAAUGUUAAAAGCUGCUUUUUGUUUGCUUUUUGCAUAUUGUAGUAUAAUAGGAAGUGUGAGCAAGGUAAUUAUGACUGUGGGUGUGAUUUCAGAAGUCGGGUGUGUACAGAAUGCUGCCUGAGCAGCGUUUUUCUAUUAUAAAAUUACCGUAUCUUGCCAUUCACAGCAGGUCCUGUGAAUACGUUUUUACCGAGUGUCUUUAAAUGAGGUAUUCUAGACAGUGUGUGGAUAAUGAAUCGUGUGGGUGAUUUCCUUGCUACGAUUGUAUCCCUUAUUGUUUUGUUCAAGAAAUGCAGAUGUGUAACUGAGAAGAGAUUUUCUGAGUGUGUCUUGGGUAUGAUUGAAUUCUUUCAGAUAAAUUUAAAUAUUUGUCAUAUACUAAACUUCUGUACAUCAAAAGGGAUUAAUUUAGCUAUGCCAAAAAUUUUAGGUUAAUCAUGGAAAUUUCUCCAGCCAGUAUGAUCUUUCAUUCAUGGGACAGCUAACGUGGAAUUCAGUAGCCAUGACCCUAUUAUUUAAUUUGUUCAUUGACAGACUGCCUUCACCAAAAGGUUCAAACAAAAGUAAUCCCUCCUGUUGUCUUAUACAGCUGAGGUGUUAUCAUAAUGAAAUUUAGUAAUCUUAUGUUAUUUUCACUUUUUUUUUUUUUUUUUUUUUUUGGUGUGCUUCUUUGAAGUGUCAAAUCUUAACUUGGUUUAAAAAAAUUCAUUUUUCUAAUCUUUGUAAAAAAUAAAGUGAGGAUUAUUCAAAGUGACAUUGGAAUACGAAAAUAAUUAAGCCAUAUGUAUUUUCUUAGAAGUAUAUGUAUAUAUAUAACUACAUAGAUAAACACACAAAAUAUUCCUUAUUUCAAAUUAGUAUGAGUCCUAUUUAAGAUGAUUUAUAUUUGAGUAAAAAGUUCAAUUCUUUUUUGCUUUUUAAAAGAUCUGACACAUACUAUUUUUUAUUAUAUUAUUCCACAUAUUUUUCCUUGAAGUUUUUAGCAUAAUGUAUCCAUUAUUUAGUAUCUAUCUAGGCAACAACUCUUAUAAAUUUAUCAAUGUCUAAACUAAAAAAAAAUGAUUCCUGUGUACUUGUUUACAUUGUAUGAAUGGCAUCUUCUGAAGUCUGCUGGGCUUGUUUCGUGACUGUCAGUAUUUUCACUAUUUUAUAGUAACGCCGUUUUGUUAUUUACAGCGCUCUGACAUACUUUCAUGUGGUAGGCUCUUUCUCAGGAACUCAAUUUAACUAUUAUUUAUUGAUAUAUCAUUGCCUUUGAAAAGCUUCUACUGGCACAAUUUAUUAUUAAAAAUUUUGAAUUCAAA